UUGCAAGGACGAGGAGGAGCUAUUGGCGUUUUUCCUGACACUGGCAGACUUCUUUCCGAGAAACUCCUGGGCUCCCUGGGGAGGCUGGAAGGAACUGAUUCGGGUCAUGCCGUGAAGUUUGGUGGAGUCCGGAAGCUGGCCGGGCUGAGGCCCCGUCUGCUGGGCAGAUCAGUUUCUGCAGGGGGUGUGGUGUUUUUGACCCACUUGAUUUGCAUCUGGUCUCUUGUGGGCUGCUGCUCUUGCCUUGAGCGUGGAAGAGGAUUAGAGUUUCCCUUAUUGAUAGUAGAAAAGAAACAGCAUGUUGAGCGAAUCCGGAGGCUGCUGAGAGUGGUUGGAGCUGAGCAGUGGCACGCGGCGUGGUGCUCACAGGGCUGUUCCUUCACUUUUCUCAUCCAGCACGUGUAUGGUGCCCAGCACCCCCCCUUUGAUCCACUGUUACAUGGCACUUUGCUCAAGUCCACGGCCAAGAUGCCGACCACACCAGUGAAGGCCAAGAGGGUCAGCACCUUCCAGGAGUUUGAGAGCAAUACCAGCGAUGCCUGGGACGCUGGGGAGGACGAUGAUGAGCUCCUGGCCAUGGCGGCGGAGAGCCUGAACUCCGAGGUGGUCAUGGAAACGGCCAACCGUGUGCUGCGCAACCACAGCCAGCGGCAGGGGCGGCCCACGCUGCAGGAGGAGCCAGGGCUUCAGCAGAAGCCCAGGCCCGAGGCAGAGCCGCCCUCACCCCCCAGCGGCGACCUCCGGCUGGUGAAGUCUGUCAGUGAGAGCCACACGUCCUGUCCUGCAGAAAGUGCCAGCGAUGCCGCCCCUCUACAGAGGUCCCAGUCUCUCCCACACUCGGCCACCGUCACGCUGGGUGGCACAUCCGACCCCAGCACCCUCAGCAGCUCAGCAUUGAGCGAAAGAGAGGCCUCCCGGCUCGACAAGUUCAAGCAGCUGCUUGCCGGCCCCAACACAGACCUUGAGGAAUUACGGAAGUUGAGCUGGUCCGGAAUCCCUAAGCCAGUGCGUCCAAUGACGUGGAAGCUCCUCUCAGGUUACCUUCCUGCCAAUGUAGACCGGAGACCAGCCACUCUCCAGAGAAAACAAAAGGAAUAUUUUGCAUUUAUUGAGCACUAUUACGAUUCUAGGAACGACGAAGUUCACCAGGACACGUACAGGCAGAUCCACAUAGACAUCCCUCGCAUGAACCCUGAAGCGCUGAUCCUGCAGCCCAAGGUGACCGAGAUUUUUGAAAGGAUCUUGUUCAUAUGGGCGAUCCGCCACCCAGCCAGUGGAUACGUUCAGGGGAUAAAUGAUCUUGUCACUCCUUUCUUUGUGGUCUUCAUUUGUGAAUACUUAGAGGCAGAGGAGGUGGACACGGUGGACGUCUCCGGCGUGCCCGCAGAGGUGCUGCGCAACAUUGAAGCCGACACCUACUGGUGCAUGAGCAAGCUGCUGGAUGGCAUUCAGGACAACUACACCUUUGCCCAACCUGGGAUUCAGAUGAAAGUGAAAAUGUUGGAAGAACUCGUGAGCCGGAUUGAUGAGCAAGUGCACCGGCACCUGGACCAACACGAAGUGAGAUACCUGCAGUUUGCCUUCCGCUGGAUGAACAACCUGCUGAUGAGGGAGGUGCCCCUGCGUUGCACCAUCCGCCUGUGGGACACCUACCAGUCUGAACCGGAGGGCUUUUCUCAUUUCCACUUGUACGUGUGUGCUGCUUUUCUCGUGAGAUGGAGGAAGGAAAUACUAGAAGAAAAAGAUUUUCAAGAGCUGCUGCUCUUCCUCCAGAACCUGCCCACAGCCCACUGGGAUGACGAGGAGAUCAGCCUGUUGCUGGCCGAAGCCUACCGCCUCAAGUUUGCCUUCGCCGACGCCCCUAAUCACUACAAGAAAUGAGCCUGGGCCCACCCACAGCUGGCCUCACUGUCCCGGGUGGCGUGCCCCAGCUGCCCGGCUGGUGGUAGGCCCCUGUGAGCUGGUCCCGGGCUGCUAAAAGGCCUUGGGAGGUGGCCCCACCCUCCAGGGGAGCUGGUGAGGAUGGGCCCCAGACCUGGUCUAGGGCUGACAAAGACAGGGACAGCCUCUGUUUUCUGAGAUACCAAAGAGCCAGAGGAGGGCUCCAGCUUCGGUGGCCAGAGGCAGGUCAGGGGUCCCCUCUCCCUCUCCCUGCAGUGUCCUUGCCAAAUGACUGCCUCCUGCCACCCCCAGUCCGGGGCAGCCUAGGAGGCCGAUCCUCUUGAGAGUCCUGCCGUCUGGGUGCCAGGGCCGGAACGAGGUAGUGGCCAUCUCAUACCUACUCUGAAAUGCAAAACUUCUAUUCUGUUGAGUGAAAGAAUAAAAUGUAGACAAAAU